UAGAUCUUCAUGUACAGCCAAAGAUGAUAAUUCAGCAUCCAUUUGCUUUAUUCUUCUUAUUAUUGCUAUCGAAAAGUCGUGCUUCUGAAGGAGGAACAUCGUGCUCUACAGGGUGUACUAAAGGACAGUUGGACCAAACCAUCGAAUUUAUCCCCGACUUUCAUCACGUAUGCGUUAAUCCUCAACGUUUACGUGCCAUGAAGACUUGCCUAUGUGAAAAUGGGACCAGUCAGUGCGUUGGCGAUCUCUUUAAUGACUGCUCAAGUCAGUCAGAAGUGAAUUUCAACUGCUUGAGCGAUGCCUAUUUGACGCAGUUUAAAAACUGCUUGUGUGACUUGCCUUACGAGAAUUGCCCAAUGAUAUUUUUUGAUAGAUGCGUUCCAUUAAUUCCCAAUGUCGGAUAAAUGUCCUGGUCGGAGGUAUUUCGGCGUUUUAUUAGUGUAUAUUUAUUUACCAAUAUAUAGUUCA